CAACUCAGCCACGUACAAGUGAAGAACAAUCAACAACUGCUCAACAUGAAGCUGGUUGUGGUCCUCAUGCUGGCUGCCCUCCCCCUUUACUGCCUUGCAGGUUCUGGCUGCCAGCUUCUGGAGGACGUAGUAGAACACACCAUUGAUCCAGAAGUGUCUGUGGAUGAAUACACAGAGUAUCUUGACCCAUACAUCCACUCAGAUGAAACUAAAAAGGCCGUCGAAGAGUUCAAACAGUGCUUCCUCAGCCAGAGCAAUGAGACCCUGGCCAACGUUAGAGUCAUGGUGCAAACGAUAUAUGACAGCGUCUACUGUGCUCCUUUUUAACUGUCACAAGACCAUUGGCUCAGAGGAAUCCAGAUGAUGGCCUCCAACCAAGAGAAGACUACCAGAAACUACAACUUCUCUUCUUUUUUCUUUUUGAUCAGAAAUCUGCAAGACAAUUGUUGAAACCUGAAAUAUACUUAAUUGCAAUAAAAUCACUGCAAAAAAACUGAGGUUCUGUCAAUGGAUUCUAUUAACCAGUCCAGCCUGGCCUACCCUGAGACCU